AUGGCGCGCACACUGGAGGUCGACGAAAAGAGCAUCAUCUUCUGGACACAGUGCUUUCGGGAAGUCAUUGUCGACUAUUACACCAAUAAUGUAACACGGAUUGGUGGACCCAACACAGUAGUCCAGGUGGAUGAGACCUGCAUAGUUCGACGCAAGUACAACGUGGGCCGGAUAGUUCGUCAGGAGUGGCUAAUAGGAGGGAUUCAGGACGGUACAAAGCUGGUUUUUGUAGAAGUUACGGACAACCGAAGCUCUGAAAACCUCGACACAAUUAUACAGAAGUACGUGUUGCCAGGGACUGUCAUCCGCACGGACAUGUGGAAGGGCUACAAUAACCUUAAGAAUCUUGGCUAUAUCCAUGAAACCGUUAACCACUCCGAAAACUUCGUGGAUCCAGCCACGGGAGUGCACACACAACGGGUGGAAAACAUGUGGAGCCACUUGAAGAGUAAAAUUCGCUCACGUCAUGGGCUGAAG